UCCAGGCACCCUAUUGGCUUCGAUGGUUGCUGCGCGCCUGGUCAGGUGGGCGGAGGCGGCGCCAUGGCGGAUCGGUUGACGCAGCUGCAGGAUGCGGUAAACUCGCUCGCAGACCAAUUCUGUAAUGCCAUUGGAGUGCUGCAGCAGUGCGGCCCCCCAGCCGCCUUCAACAACAUUCAGACAGCAAUAAACAAAGAUCAGCCUGCUAAUCCAACGGAAGAGUAUGCUCAGCUGUUUGCAGCAUUGAUUGCACGAACUGCAAAAGAUAUUGAUGUUCUAAUAGAUUCCCUGCCUAGUGAAGAAUCGACAGCAGCUUUGCAGGCUGCUAGUCUGUAUCGGUUAGAAGAAGAAAAUCAUGAAGCAGCUGGCCGUCUGGAAGAGGUAGUUUAUCGUGGGGAUAUGCUAUUGGAGAAGAUACAGAGUGCCCUGGCAGAUAUCGCGCAGUCACAGUUGAAGACACGGAGCAGAACGCAUAGCCAGCCCCUUCUGGACUCGUAGUGGCAGGGGGCACUGUGCCCCUGCAAAAGCCAACUGCAAACCCUGCUCUGCAUCGGCAGGGAGCAGCAACACCCAGCUGGAUCUUGGUGGGCUUGUCGAGUGCUCUGAUCGAGUAACAACGUCUUUAAUCAAAGCUCAAACUGCAGGUUGUGUACGAGGAACUGUAUAAUCAGUGGUUCUAUUCUAGAAUUACAUGUAUUGAUGUAUGUUUCCAUGACUUCUGAGCUUUCUUUUCUGUUCAUAAAUAUGUCUGACUUCAGUCUGAUUUGUUAUCUUGAUUACAGAAACCUUUGCCUCAUGUAGUAGAAGAAUUCUCCUGCAUGAUUUCCCCUAAAGGGAAUUCAGAAGGAAAAUAUCUUAAGAGUAAUUGUGUAACUUGCUCACUCCUACUUUGAAACAUUUUAUGUUCUUGGUGUAUUUUUCUUGUAAGGCUCAAACAGACACGCUUGGACUUGCUAGAGUUCUGUGGAGACAGUGGUAGAUAAUGAUGUGAAUGCAGUGGUGGCCUCUGUUUUAAUUAACAGAAAUUACAAUUAAACAUUUGUAUUACUACUUGGCUGGUUUACCACCCUUUACAGAGCAAGUAAAGGGAUAAGUAAACUAAUGUUUGCAGGGUAAGAGUUUGUGUCAUUGGCAUCUCAUUUAAAAAAUAAAAUCUGCAGAUAUCUGAUACUAGCAUUUUAUUAUUAUUUGUAGUUCAUAAAUGGGUAUUUGACUCCAUUAUUGCCACUGGCAUGCUUAUUCUUACUUGCUCGUGCUAUUUCUCUGCUGCUACUGAUAUUCUGCAUUCUGGUGGCACUGGUGAAUACUUCUGAAGCAUACAACAAUGAGGAAGCAUUGGAUGACUGAGAAGAAAUCAGCAAUGAGGAGACUGAAAAUAUGUUGUUAUGUAAUGUUGAUUUUCACUGUAAGCAGUGGCAGCCACAUGAAUGUGGUGAUCAUAAGCGGCAAGAAGCCUGUUGUCCCCAAUGUGUUCUCGAGGGUUUUGUUUUUAUCUUCACACACUGAAUAAAGUUUUGCCCCUCACCUUAGGACUAUAGAAAUACCAGCAUGUCUUUUAAUAUUUG